UUAAUUUCUUCCUUUCUUUCCAUUUCGAUGUUGUGGAUAGAUCUUCGCCUGCCUGCUCAAGGAAAACUAAUCGAUUGGUUUUUGUUUUAUUUAUUUGCCAUGUCGGUGACUGUCAGGAAAAAAAAAUCAACUGUUUUAUGGGAUCUGAAGGACAGCUGGACAGGUCCCAAAGGUUGCUUGAAAAAGAUGUUUUCUGAAAGCUUUCCCAAAAGGGGAACAGAAACCUGGGCAUAUAUAUAGUAGUCUAGUUUCUCAAUUGUUGGUCACUACCUACCCAAGAAAAUGUUAAGCAACUUCAUCCAUGACAAAUCCUACGAUUAUAUAAUUGUAUAGAAUCUAGCUAGACCCAUUGCUGUUGAUGUGUAUCUUGCAACCAACCAAUUUAGCCAUGUAUUUAUUUUUCGUAUCAUUAUCUAAACUAAUGAUUCUUUGAUGGACCACACCACCAAAAGAAUUAAAGAAAUGCAAGCAAAGCUUCUGCCCUCUAUCAAGAUGGUAGUUGCAGUAGGCGCAUCCGUAAGCAUGCAGCUAGAGUUGAGAAGUAACCGUCAUAGUAAGCAAUACAAUGAAAUGAAAAGCUGAUCUCUGCAACAAGUCCCUGUGUUGUCCUUUGCCGACAGAAUGCAAUGACUAACAUUGUGUUCAUCUUUCCAAAACAUGUCCUCUGUGACCAAUUUUCUGCAAGAACUUGGUAGAAUUAAGAGUUCUUAUUUAGCCUUCCUCAGCGAAUACUUGAAAUGUUGUAUUUCAUAAUAGAUGAUAAGUUGCAACUUGGCCACACAUGUGCAUUAAUUCAUAACUUUGUGGUGUUAUGGAGCACAGGAUGGGUUAUAUAAGCAUUACCAAGUCCUAAUCAACGGUCACUGUCAAACUAAGUACCCAUAACAUCUCUGGUAUCAGGUCAUUUGUCCUUUAAAGUUCUAAUCCACAGUCUCCAUCCAAACAGCACACUUUCAUGCAUAAGCACAUGCACUCUAGAGUCUUUGUAGUUGGAAACAGGUGGCUGCUAUUCAAGUUGUUUUAGGCCUUUUCCUAGUGUGUAGUGCUUUAGGUUGAGAUGUCUCCUGUCUUGUGAGGUGCUGGUGCUGCAUUACCAUUGAGUUUAUUAUUACAAUGAUGGAUGUGCAGUGCAUUUACAAGACUUGUGUUGAAGACAAUAGCUUAUUGUGUCCCUUCAUUGGAACUUCUUGCCUGCAUAUAAGCUGACCCCUUUGUUAAUCAGAACUUAGAAUUCUAUCUCUCCAUGCUUUCCUUUCACAAGUUAGGCCUCUUCUUGUACUGUUGGCUGACUUCUUGAGGUGAAGUCUCAGAGAGAUCAUGUUAGUAUCAUAGGUUCGGCAAGCUUCAGAUAUCUAAUUAGCAAUAAGAUACUCAUUUAGAUUGCACUGGAUGGGGCCUCUCUGAUGUCUUCCUAGUCUGCUUGCAUACUAGUUAUAGCUGAAUGACUCUCCACAUGAAGCUUGCCCUGGUCUCCCUUAGCUGUGUACUCCUGAUUCAAGUCACAUCCUGUGAUGAUACUGCAGGGGCGUCUGAAGCGGCAAGCUGGACAUGUGUAUGCGCUGCCCAUCCACUAGGUGAACCUAACUCCAAUAGCAGCCAGUCAUCCAGUUGUUCUUCCUCGUGUCAUUGCCUACAAGAUGAAAACGGCGCCACAGGGUCAUGGAACUGCUCGUGCACCUCUGACAAAGCCCGUCAGGAAGAAGAGCACACUGCAUUACACGAUGGGGGUUGCUUCACUUCCUGUAACUGCACAUCUGGAGGUUCUGAAGAAGGAAGGAAGCCUUUCUCCAGCAAAACAGUCAUUGCUACACUUCUAGUGUGUGUGGUUCUCACCACCAUUGCUUUUGUUGGCACCACCGCGUACUACCUACGCCGCAAGGAUGCGCUCUCUCCGCAUUCACGGAUGCACUCUUUCGAUAAGUACUCCAGCUGGAGCAGCAGAUCAAACCUCGUCAGCCACCGAUCUUCUCCUCUUCCCCAACUGAAACCGAGACCGGGCUUCAGUGUCAUUAAAGGGUUUCUGUGUAGUUGCCCGAUCCUUUGCCGGAACGAAAGUGGUCCAUUCCCCGGCAUCGUUCUCCGGUUCUCAUACGCCGAGUUGGAGCAAGCGACUGGGAAUUUCUCUGACGAACAUCUUAUUGGCGUCGGUGGGACCAGCAAGGUGUACAGAGGCCAGCUCGGUGAUGGCAAAGUCGUCGCCGUGAAGAAGCUCCGGCCCCUCCGAGGAGCGGACGAAGACUAUGAGUUCCUGUCUGAGAUCGAGCUGCUGUCACGGCUGAACCACUGCCAUGUGGUGCCAUUGCUGGGGUACUGCUCGGAGAGCCACCAUGGGCGGCUGCUGGUGUUCGAGCUCAUGCCAAAUGGCAACCUGAGGGAGUGUCUGGACCUGAAGCAAGGGAGGAAGCCCAUGGCGUGGCAGGUCCGUGUCGCCGUCGCGCUGGGCGUGGCGAGGGGCCUGGAGUACCUGCAUGAGGCAGCGGCGCCACGGGUCCUCCACCGUGACAUCAAGUCUACCAACAUCCUCCUCGACGACAAGUUCAGAGCCAAGAUCACUGACCUUGGCAUGGCCAAGUGCCUGAUGAGCGACGGCGUGACGAGCUGCCCGAGCUCCCCACCGCCGUCGGCACGGACAACGGCGAUGCUGGUGGGCACGUUCGGGUACCUUGCGCCGGAGUACGCGAUCGUGGGCAAGGCGUCGCUGAAAUCCGACGUGUUCAGCUUCGGCGUGGUGGUGCUGGAGCUCAUCACGGGGCGGCAGCCGGUGGUGCACCGGUCGUCGUCGGCCAAUGGCGGUGGCAGUGAUGAGAGUCUGGUGCUGUGGGCGACGCCACGGCUGGGGGACAGCAGGAAGGUGGUGACGGAGCUGCCAGACCCGGCAUUGGAGGGACAGUUCGCGGCUGAGGAGAUGCAGGUUAUGGCACACCUUGUCAGGGAGUGCCUGCAGUGGGACCCUGAGGCCCGGCCGUCCAUGACCGAGGUCGUCCAGAUCCUCUCCACCAUCGCUCCGGUCACCGGCAACCGCCGCCCUCACCUGCCGGACAACGGCAACUUUGUGGACAACGGCGGCGAGAGGAGGCCGCAGGAGUGCUCGGUGUCGUUUUAUGAUCACCGGUGGCAGGAUGCCGGCGACGAUCGGUAUGGAUGCCGUCGUGAUGACCAUGAUCACCAGGCGUACAGAGGCAAUAAUGUGGUCUCGGCCCCGGUAAAGACGACGACGACGACGACGAGCCGGAGCUGGGAGGAGGAGGUGGACCUGACGGAACCUCGGCUGGAGAAGUUCACGCAGCCCACGACGGCGACGAGCCACCAGCUCUUCAGGUGACGAUAUAUAGAGAAGCAGCAGCACAAGAAGAAGAGAUAGAAGAAGUUUAGUUGAUCAGCUGGCAUCAUUAAUUCUGUACAGGCAAAACGCACGUAAUUAGUUUGGGCAGAAUCAAUUAAAACGUUAAUUUGCUUUCUCGAUCUUGUGGCUUUACUUUGGCAGCAGCAGAUCGACCCUAAGAAGCAGACAAAGCUUUGGGCACAAAGCUUGAAGAGUACCACCUGACUAAAUUCAAGCCUGCCCUCCGAAUUGAUCACCUGUCCAACCAAAGUACCAAAAUCUUGGAGAUAUCACAACUUUUUCAGAGAAAUUAUACAUAUGCCUAUAUAUAGAGCAGUUAGCA